CCACCAAAGAAGCUGCCGGCUGUAUAAGCAGCACUCUUUGUCUCCUGAUCCUGGACAAUCCCCACUCCCCCUCCCUCCUUCGGUGAUAUCCUGCAGAUGUGUGAACUCUGGCUAUGGUAGCAGGACCCAUGAAGUUACUGGGCAGAGUCCAUCAGUGAUGGGUUAGAGGAAUGGAUGAUGCCUUUCUUUCGGAGGAAAGCUAGUCUAUACAAAGGAAUGAGCAGGUGACUAGGAGGAAGCAGAUGAGUGGUGAGCACCAUCUACUGGAAGAGAGCUUAACUGCGGAGAGGAGUGAAGCCCAGCAAAAGCCAUGGGACUGGAAGUAGGGAUUGUGGACAACAGAAACACUUUCAAGAGGUCUGCCAUCUGCUGGAAACUGAGGUCACACUUCCCAGGAGAGAAUGGAAUGGAGGCUACAGUCAGUUGUCAGCAAAAAGAAUCUUGCGAGUCAAUGAUUUAUGAAUAUCAUUUCCCAAUUAGCCUUUUAUGUAUGAAAUAGAACCUCCCCAAAGAUGUUUCUUUCAUCUGUUAAGGCCUAACAGAGGGCUAUAGGUGUGCCACCAGAUAAUGUAUCCAAAGGAUCAAAAAUGGCAGCUACCAUUGUGUUAGUGGCAACCCUUUGCUCCAUUGUUAGCAUGCCUAAAACAUUUUCUCAGUGAUGGCUUGCAACAGUACUCCCUUUGAGACUUGUGAUUCCCUCUUGCUGAAUAUGAGCAGCCUGUCCCCAGCAUCCACAUCUGUGGUUUUGUCUGCCCCACUCCGGAUUUUGUUGGCACUGGUCAUGAUGCUGAUGAUUGCUGUUGGAUUCCUUGGCAAUGCCAUUGUCUGUCUCAUUGUAUACCAGAAGCCCGCCAUGCGCUCAGCCAUCAAUCUGCUCCUGGCAACCUUGGCCUUUUCUGAUAUCAUGCUGUCCUUGUGUUGUAUGCCUUUCACGGCAGUCACCAUGAUCACUGUGAACUGGCACUUUGGUGCCUACUUCUGCCGUUUUUCAGCCAUGCUCUAUUGGUUUUUUGUCUUGGAAGGUGUUGCCAUCCUCUUAAUCAUCAGUGUAGACCGCUUCCUCAUCAUUGUCCAGCGCCAAGACAAACUGAAUCCCCGAAGGGCCAAGGUGAUGAUUGCAGUCUCCUGGGCUCUGUCAUUCUGUAUUUCAUUUCCCUCCCUCAUGGGCUGGACUUUUGUGGAAGUGCCUACCCGGGCCCCUCAAUGUGUACUGGGUUACACAGAGUUUCCAGCAGACAGGGCUUAUGCCGUGAUACUGGUGGUGAUGGUUUUCUUUGUACCAUUCAGCAUCAUGCUCUAUUCCUAUCUAUGCAUCCUCAACACUGUGCGCAGGAAUGCCAUCAGGGUCCAUAACCACACUGAGAGCCUCUGCUUAGGCCAGGGGAGCAAGCUAGGGCUGAUGGGUCUCCAGCGGCCAUACCCACUGAAUAUCGACAUGAGCUUCAAAACGAGGGCCUUCUCUACCAUCUUGAUCCUCUUCAUUGGCUUCUCCUUCUGUUGGCUGCCUCAUACCAUAUUCAGCCUUCUGUCUGUGUUUAGCCGGAAGUUUUACUACGGCUCUUCCUUCUAUAUCACCAGUACCUAUGUUCUGUGGCUUAGUUACCUCAAGUCUGUCUUUAACCCUGUCAUCUACUGCUGGAGAAUCAAGAAAUUCCGCGAAGCUUGCAUAGAGUUUCUACCCAAAACAUUCAAGAUCUUCCCCAAAGUGCCUGGACGGACAAAGAGGAAGGUCCAUCCAAGCACCAUCUAUAUUUGCAAUGAGCGUCAGUCAGCAGUUUAGGGAAGAAGCAGGCAGAAGAGACCUAGCAAAUGGACACAGGAAGGAAUUCAGCUUUUGCUCUCAGCGUCUAACAGUGAUAACAGGUUGGCUGCCUUCCGUGGUUAGUGUUAUGUACUAAGUCUUCAUUAAUUAUUCAGCUAAAUGACCCACUGCCCAAAAUUGGGGGAGGAAACUAUUCAAUGAAUUCAAUUCAAUAAACCUACGUUGAGCACCUGCUGUGUGCAAGAAAUUGCAGGAGACUCUGGAGGAGGGAUACAGAUCAUUUUUCAGUAUCAUGGAAAGAGUCCUGGAUCUGAAGAAAGAAGAUCUAGGUUCAAAUACUGGCCAACCAGUAUGACCUUGAA